AGGACCCGGGAGAUACCUAGUCAGAACAUCCACUUUACAGGACAAUCUAUUAUUUGGAUGAAAGGCGACUUCCAGGAGUGGCUUCAGUUCCGGGUAGACAGAGUGACGGCGGACGGUCGUCUUGGGGGUUUCUCCAGUCUCUCUAGUCCAGAUCAAUGUGACUCUAAAACCCAAAUGGAUGAAUGAGUAUCCGUAUGAAGAGGGAACCAAGAAAGAACACCAACACCUUUGAGAACAGAAUGCUAAUGCUGGAUGGGAUGCCGGCAGUCAGAGUCAAGACAGAGCUGUUGGAAUCGGAACAAGUGUCUCCAAACGUCCACAACUAUCCCGAUAUGGAAGCCGUUCCCCUGUUGCUAAAUAAUGUGAAAGGGGAGCCCCCAGAGGACUCGUUAUCUGUAGAUCACUUCCAAACACAAACUGAGCCAGUGGACUUGUCAAUAAACAAAGCCAGAACAUCCCCUACAGCAGUCUCAUCCUCCCCAGUUUCCAUGACAGCGUCUGCCUCCUCACCUUCUUCAACUUCAACCUCUUCAUCAUCUUCUAGUCGUCCAGCCUCAUCCCCAACUGUUAUAACAUCAGUAUCUUCAGCAUCAUCCUCGUCAACAGUAUUAACGCCAGGACCCCUUGUGGCCUCUGCAUCUGGUGUGGGAGGCCAGCAGUUUUUGCACAUUAUCCAUCCUGUACCACCUUCAAGCCCCAUGAACUUACAGUCUAACAAACUGAGUCACGUUCACCGCAUCCCAGUGGUGGUCCAGUCGGUGCCUGUGGUCUACACAGCUGUACGGUCACCUGGAAAUGUGAACAACACUAUUGUAGUGCCACUUUUGGAGGAUGGGAGAAGCCAUGGAAAAGCACAAAUGGACCCUCGAGGCCUAUCUCCCAGACAAAGUAAAAGUGACAGUGAUGACGAUGACCUGCCAAAUGUGACCUUAGAUAGCGUUAAUGAAACUGGAUCUACGGCCCUUUCCAUAGCCAGAGCAGUACAAGAGGUACAUCCAUCACCAGUAUCGAGGGUGCGUGGAAAUCGGAUGAAUAAUCAGAAAUUUGCUUGUUCAAUUUCACCAUUUAGUAUUGAGAGCACAAGACGCCAGAGACGGUCUGAGUCCCCAGACUCCAGAAAACGACGCAUCCACAGAUGUGACUUUGAGGGAUGCAACAAAGUGUACACCAAGAGUUCUCACCUGAAGGCUCAUCGGAGAACACACACAGGAGAGAAGCCCUACAAAUGCACCUGGGAAGGCUGCACCUGGAAGUUUGCGCGUUCCGAUGAACUGACCCGGCAUUACCGCAAACACACGGGGGUGAAGCCAUUCAAGUGCGCGGACUGCGACCGAAGCUUUUCCCGUUCGGACCACUUGGCGCUUCACCGACGGAGGCAUAUGCUGGUGUGAGAAACGCUAUGGGUCCAGCUGAGCGUAAGCGCUGGAUCUCUCUCUUAGUGGCACCUGAUGCAGCAGGGCUGGAUCCCCUCCACAGUGUUAACACAACAGGGCAUCACCUUCCCACGAUGUCUGAAACCAGAGCAGGAAAAAACAAAACAAAACAAACCCCUAAAAGAAGUAACACUUCCACCUUUUGGUCUGAAGGUAACCCCCCGCCCAAGUAACAUCUUCACGCCGACGGGAGAUGAGCCGUGACUUGGCUCCGGAGAUAGGCAUUGUCCAUCGGAGGACUCACUCGGCCACGCAAAGAUGUUUGUAGCGUGUACAUUUUCAGAGCUGCCAGACGUUUUAUUCUUGAUAACAGAAAGGUCCACUACCACCCAGUGAUGACUAGCGCAUGACCUUUUAAAUUGGGGUUCCUCCUUCACCCCCCUCCCCCCCUUUUUACAAAACAAAACCGCAACCUAAAAAAGCUCCAUUUGAGUUCCUUUCUCAGUAAGGUAGCGCACACACAUCCAAUCGGUUAUCAGCAAGCAGCAGGAGAGUAGGAAGGGGGAAGCUGUUGUUGAGGUUCCCUGACCUGCAAAGAGAGGGCCCCCAGGCGCGCCCUGCGAUGAAGGCAAUUAGGGAUCACCAGCCACUUGCCAUCAUGCCAUGCCCUGAAGAACACCAACAUUGAACCUUGCAUUUGCUCGUUGUUGAUCGUUUUGGGUUUGUACUUAUUCUGCUUUUUUUCUUUUCUUUGCUCUUUUUGUUGUCCUUGUUCAUCUGUGUAAGCGGAGGGGCAGCGACAUGUCAGCAGAAGUGUAGGCCCCACGUCUGCCGCCCCCGGUGUGGACUGGCACAGAGGUGUCCCGUAGUUGAAUAGGAAGAGCCUGUCUAAAAACAAAAACUACUGUCCUACUUCAAAUUGCAGUGUUCUGUCCCCUAGACAUCAUCUUUCCCGGCCCGUAGUAUUUGAUUACAAGGAACCAGGGGGGAGGGGGCAGGCAUAAAAACUUCCUUAGACACACUGGCACCAGGGUAAGAGGUGGGGCUGCCCAGGCAAAGUCAGUGAACAUGAAAAGUCAGACAAAGCAGAGAUGGAAAGAAUGCGCCUCUUGAGGCGCACAGCAAUAACGAAUGAAAGGACUUUGCUACAAUCACCGCACUGAGGACUCACGUUACCAGUUGUCAUACUUACUAAAGGGAUUGUAAGAAACACCCCGGCCGUUUUCCACGUCUUGGUUCCAUUUGCAGCAUCGAGGUAAUCUUUCUGCUGUUUGUUGUCUCGCUUGGUUGAGAACCACAAUUAAAGAUUCUGCUCCCCCUC